CUUCGCUGUCGCCGGCGUCAUCCCUCAUCGGCGGCGCAUUCCAGCUGCGACACAUCUCCGGGGGGAACAUGGCGCGCGCGAAGGCGGCGGCGGCGGACAAGGAGCCGUGGUGGAAGGAUUCCAUGGAGCGGCUUCGCAACAUCGGGAUCUCGGCGCACAUCGACUCCGGGAAGACGACGCUGACGGAGCGGAUUCUGUACUACACGGGUCGGAUCCACGAGAUCCACGAGGUGAGGGGCAGGGACGGCGUUGGCGCCAAGAUGGAUUCCAUGGACUUGGAGAGGGAGAAGGGAAUCACCAUUCAGUCUGCUUCCACCUACUGCUCUUGGAAGGACUAUAAGAUGAGUAUUUUGAAGUAUCUGGGGACGCCCAGGCAUAAGCUUUUUGCUGCCAGAAAGUAUCUUAACGCACUGGGUUUUUCCUCUUUUCACACAUCUCUAAAUUCCUGUGUGGAACUUCACGCCCAAGAUGAGGAAGUAGUGAUUGCUUUGGGAAGUAAUGUAGGUGACAGACUGCAUAACUUCAAGGAAGCUCUGAAAUUGAUGAGGAGUUCAGGCAUUAACAUCACAAGACAUGCUUGUUUGUAUGAGACAGCACCAGCAUAUGUUACUGAUCAACCUCGCUUUAUCAAUUCUGCAAUUAGAGGUGUUACUAAACUCGGUCCACAUGAAUUAUUGUCAACACUCAAAAGAAUUGAGAGGGAUUUGGGCCGUACAGAUGGUAUAAGGUAUGGUCCAAGGCCAAUUGACUUAGAUAUUUUAUUCUAUGGUAAAUAUAAAGUCAGAUCUGAUAUCCUCAAUAUACCUCAUGAAAGAAUUUGGGAAAGGCCAUUUGUUAUGGCCCCCUUGAUGGAUUUAUUGGGAUCAGCUAUUGACAGUGACACAGUUGCAACCUGGCAUUCAUUUUCAGGCCAUUCUGGUGGACUCUCUGGAUUGUGGGAAGAUUUAGGUAGUGAAUCCCUUAUUGGAGAGGAAGGUAUGUAUAGGGUAAUGCCUGUUGCAAAUGGUUUACUUGAUUGGUCGAAGAGAACUUCUGUCAUGGGGAUCCUUAAUGUGACUCCAGAUAGUUUUAGUGAUGGGGGAAAUUUCAUGUCUGUGGAGUCUGCUGUUUCUCAGGUAAGGUUGAUGAUUUCAGAAGGAGCAGAUAUGAUUGAUAUUGGGGCUCAGUCUACUCGGCCGAUGGCAUCUAGGAUCUCUGUUGAAGAAGAAUUAAGUAGAUUAAUCCCUGUCUUGGAAGCUGUAGUGUCAAUGCCUGAGGUAGAAGGAAAACUCAUAUCUGUUGAUACUUUCUACUCUGAGGUUGCUUCAGAAGCAGUGAGUAAAGGGGCUCAUAUUAUAAAUGAUGUAUCUGCUGGACAAUUAGACAGUAAUAUGUUUAAGGUCAUGGCAGAUCUUGAUGUUCCUUAUGUUGCAAUGCACAUGAGGGGGGACCCAUCUACAAUGCAGAAUAGUGAAAACCUGAAAUAUGAUAAUGUUUGUAAAGAGAUAUCAUCAGAAUUAUACUCUCAGGUUAGGGAGGCAGAGAUAUCAGGUAUCCCAGCAUGGAGGAUUAUGAUUGACCCUGGCAUUGGAUUCUCAAAGAAAACUGAACAAAAUUUAGAUAUCCUCAAGGGACUACCUGAUAUCAGAGAAGAGAUUGCCACAAGAAGUUUGGCCAUCUCUCAUGCCCCCAUGCUUAUUGGACCCUCAAGAAAGAGAUUUUUAGGUGAAAUUUGCUCUCGUCCUACAGCAGCCGAGAGGGAUCCUGCUACCAUUGCUUCUGUCACAGCUGGUGUUUUGGGAGGGGCUAAUAUUGUUAGGGUGCAUAAUGUCAAAGAUAAUCUAGAUGCCGUGAAACUUUGUGAUGCAAUUCUAAGACAGAAAAGUUCUCGCAUGAAAUCUAGUCAUUGAAUUUGUCUUUCUGCAUCAUAUCUGAUGCUGAUGAUAACUGCUAUGCUACCUGAAUCCAUCAAUCUGGACUUCUGCAGCAACAACUCUGUUAGUGUUGUUCUUUGCUAUGUCACUCGUACUCCAAGGUCAUAUGUACAGCACGACAAUGCUGCCAUUGCCAAAACAAAGAACCAUCAAGUACAAUGCAACAUUCAAUAAUCAGCAUCCCAUUGUUCAAUUCUGAAUUUUGUGUCUCUCUCGUAUUUAUUUUAUUCAUUACAAUGCAUUUGAUUCGCAGAUUUUUCAACCCUUCCCUUGUAACUUGUUGAGUCAUAGAUUUUGUCAUGCAAUAAUUGAUCCUUCUUUGUUUUUUUAUCGUCCA